CGCCGCGGCUUCGUCCGUAGCUCUGGCUGCGCGCAGGGCGGGCCUCUCCGGGUCCCCGGCAGUUAUUGGCUCGGUGCGGUUUCCUUGGGGACGUGGCGCCGCUGGCAGCUAGGCCUCCUUCCGGCUGUGCUGGGAGCCACGGGGAACCGCUGGGGACCAGGCUGGGCUGUGCAGAAGGACGAGCGGGCCUUGGAUCCCGCUACAGCCUUAGGAGAUGCGGGGGACAAGGAGGCCACCCUCUCAGAGCAAAAGGAAAAGGAGGUGACAGACAUCGAGACUACUGAAGGGAACCCAUGGCUAGGAUCAGCUUUUCCUACCUCUGCCCAGCCUCCUGGUACUUCACUGUGCCUACAGUGAGCCCAUUUCUCCGUCAGCGGGUGGCAUUCCUGGGACUCUUCUUUAUACCCUGUCUCCUUUUACUUCUGUUAAUCAUGGACUUGGGACAUCGGGGCACUUCGUCAUCACGAGACAGGCAGUAUGAGAGGUAUUUAGCUCGCGUAGGAGACCUUGAAGCCACCAACACCGAAGACCCAAAUCUCAAUUAUGGACUUGUGGUGGACUGUGGUAGCAGUGGCUCCCGGAUUUUUGUUUACUUCUGGCCAAGACACAAUGGGAACCCCCAUGACUUACUGGACAUCAAACAGAUGAGAGACCGAAACAGCCAGCCUGUGGUUAAAAAAAUCAAGCCAGGAAUCUCCGCAAUGGCCGAUACUCCAGAACAUGCCAGCGAUUACCUACGACCUCUGCUGAGCUUUGCUGCCUCCCACGUGCCUGUGAAGAAGCACAGGGAGACCCCUCUUUACAUCCUCUGCACAGCGGGCAUGAGGCUGCUCCCCGAGAGGCAGCAGUUGGCUAUCUUGGCUGAUUUAGUGAAAGAUUUGCCAUUGGAGUUUGACUUCCUCUUUUCACAGUCUCAGGCCGAAGUGAUCUCUGGGAAGCAGGAAGGAGUUUAUGCAUGGAUUGGAAUCAACUUUGUUCUGGGACGAUUUGACCAUGAAGAUGAGUCAGAUGCUGACGCUUCCCUGGACUCUGCAGCGGGACGCAGGAGGACCGUGGGGAUACUGGACAUGGGGGGAGCAUCUCUGCAAAUUGCCUAUGAAGUCCCUACCUCAGCCUCUGUCCUUCCUCCCAAACAGGAGGAAGAGGCCAAGAUCCUGUUGGCUGAGUUCAACUUGGGCUGUGACGUGCAGCACACGGAGCAUGUGUACAGGGUCUACGUCACCACCUUUCUGGGCUUUGGAGGCAACUUUGCCCGGCAGCGUUAUGAAGAGCUUGUGCUGAACGAGACGCUUAACAGAAACAGACUGCUGGGCCAGAAGACAGGCCUGAGUCCUGACAACCCAUUUCUGGACCCCUGCUUGCCUGUGGGGCUCACAGAUGUGGUGGAGAGGAACAGCCAGGUCCUGCAUGUCCGAGGAAAGGGAGACUGGGCCACUUGUAGGGCAAUGCUGAGCCCCCUGCUGGCCCGCUCCAACACCAGCCAGGCCUCACUAAAUGGCAUUUACCAGUCACCAAUCGACUUCAACAACAGCGAGUUCUACGGCUUCUCUGAAUUUUUUUACUGUACAGAGGAUGUGUUGCGCAUCGGUGGCCGCUACCACGGGCCAACGUUUGCCAAGGCUGCUCAGGAUUACUGUGGCAUGGCGUGGUCAGUACUAGCACAGAGAUUCAAGAAUGGCCUCUUUUCUUCACACGCAGAUGAGCAUCGACUCAAGUAUCAGUGUUUUAAGUCAGCUUGGAUGUACCAAGUCCUGCAUGAGGGUUUCCACUUCCCCUACGACUACCCAAACCUUCAGACUGCGCAGCUGGUGUAUGACCGGGAGGUGCAAUGGACACUGGGAGCCAUUCUGUAUAAAACCCGAUUCCUGCCUCUCAGGGACCUCCGGCAGGGAGGUGUCCGGCAAGCCCAUGGCGGCUGGCUCCGUCUCUCCUUUGUCUACAACCACUAUCUCUUCUUCGCUUGUACCCUGGUGGUGCUGCUGGCUAUCAUCCUGUACCUUCUGCGAAUCCACAGAAUUCACCGCCGACAAACUCGAGCCUCGGCCCCAUUGGACCUGCUGUGGAUCGAACAGGUGGUGCCGAUGAUUGGGGUGCAGGUGGAGCCAUGAGGCUGGACCAGAUGGAGAAACUCUGGUACCUAGGAUCGCUGCUCAUGGUUUUCCUCCACUUUCCUCAGCUGGCCUCAGAUGCUGCUUUGGCCUGGGAAUUUCUACUGUUUCACUUUGAUUUCUUUAUAGUGCCCGGGACAGGACCUUUAGUCAGAAGCCGUAACCUAACCUGUGAAGAACUAAGAGGGGAGAGGCCGGUGCUAACACAGGGGUCUAAGCUUAGCCCAAAUGAAGCAUGCUUCUCCUUUAUCCUGGAAAUGUGGUAUGUUUCUGGGAUGUAGCAUUUUCCCCUCUUGCUGAAGCAAGUUUUUGUAUCGAGCAACUGGAAUCACGGUUGAAACUAAGUUGGAUCGACAGAUACAAAGCCAGAGACAUCCCAGCAAGUGCAGUAGCCCCUGCUUUCUCUGUAACAGAGAUAUCCUUAUGUGGAGAUCCACAGCCUUGAAUAGGGACCCAAGAUCUCUGAGGUUCAGUGGACCAGGAUCUCAAGGCAACCAAAACGAUACAACUUCCUUGCUGACUUGACAUCCCUGACAGUGUUGCCGAUUAUGUAUAGAUCUGAGAGGUUAGAACCCCUUUUAAAUGAAUGAUCCAUUGACGAUCUGACAGUAUUCAGAUGCUUGUUCUGACCAGGUAGAAAACACUUCCAUGUCUAUGUACCUAGCAGGCUGCCUGGGCAUCAGUGUUGCCUUUUGAGCCCUAAGUGUGCUUAUAGGGUGGAGAGACUGAGGGGAACUGGGGACCUGGUUUGCCUGUUUUCAGGUUACUGUCUCACAGGCAAGUUUUCCUGUGCAGAAAAUUCAAAGCAACUUCCCUCAUUUCACUGCUAUGUAUUUUGGGUGGGAUGUUUUUGGGGUCCUUUAUUUACGGA